AUGGCAUCCGACAACGCCCUCCGGCUGACGGGCUUCGGCUUAAGGAUGCUUCAGCUCUCUUGUUCACUGAUCAUCGUCGGGGUCUUUGGUUAUUUCCUCGCUGUCUUUGCAGACCAUAACGCGCAUGCGCCGGAAUGGCUGAGGGCUGUUGCUGGGAUAGCCGGAGUAGCUGCUAUUUAUGCCAUCCUCGCAUCGUUUUUCAUUCUUGCAUACGGAGGUCCUUUAUUCUUCUCUCAUAUAUUCAUGUUGUUAGACGGAGGUUUCGCGCUCGCGUUUCUAUCUGUCUGUAUUAUGACUCGCCACGGUGCUCUGCCUUGCACCAGACGCCUGACUACACCCGUUGGAAGCAGUGCUGCAAAAGACCCAAAUGUUGCUUUCGGCGAAGGUUUUAUAGGGAUUGACAGAGGGGAUAACCUCACUUUCAUGCGAUAUCUGUCUACCGCGUGCAAUGCCCUCUUUUUACUCUCCAUUCCAAUACAGAGAGCGUUCAAAAAGCGACAGCGGAGUUCAAAAUCUUCGUCAAGCCCUGUUUCCCAUACGUCAGCCGGCUUCCGCCAACGUUUCUGGCCAAGGAGACGGCAACACCAGGGCCCUUCUUCUGCAGAUCCCGCAGUUGAGUACAGCCAGGCACCGCUAUCUUCCGGUGCAAUAUCGCUGGAGGACAAGCCGAAAGGGGAAAAACCUCGCUUUACCAGCAUUCUGCAGCGCUUGAGGAAUGGUAAUAGCAGAAAUGUUGGUCCAGAAGAUAUUCAAUUACAGCAGGGUAUCCAAAACAACAAACCCCUAUCUGGAUUCAACCCCAGCUAUGGACCCGGAAAAAGUGCAUACACUGUUACCAGUGCCGAGAGUCCUAUAUCGCCUGCUUUGCCGGAGCCAGCCAACCCAUGGGCAAGGCCCGAAUAUCUGGAGUAUACCUAUGGCCAAAGAGGUAUAGAUGUGGGUGAAUAUUCCCGUGGCUAUGGAUACGGACCCCAUAGAUAG